AUGAAGAAGUUGUACAAGAAAGGCACUGUUCAUCCAACGCCACAGUUGGCUUCCGAGAAGUUGCUGUCCUUUUUACCGGCGACAAUCUUAACUCUCACGGUGACGUUAUCGCCGGAAGACCGAGAAGUUUUGGCAUAUCUCAUUUCUUGCUCCUCCACCAAUUUUUCCAACAACCACGUCAAUAAUACCCAAAAAACCACCAGCACCGCCGCCGCUGACCACCGUCCGUCUUUCAACUGCUACUGCUUUAGCUGCUACACGAGCUACUGGGUGAGAUGGGAUUCUUCUCCGAACCGUCAACUCAUACACGAGAUUAUAGAUGCAUAUGAAGAUGAUCUGCAAAUGAAAAACAAGAAAGAAAAGAGCAAAAGAGAGAGAAGGAAGAGUAGACGUAAUAAUAGUCAUAUCUCCGACGAGUCAAAAGUCACUGAACUGAGUUUGAGUAAGGACGAGCAUACUGAGUCAAACUCGACGGCGGAGAGUGCUGUUCCCGGUGAGGAUACGUCGGAAUUAGAAGUGGUAAAAGGGUCUGUCGGGGGGUUCUUGAAUUUUCUUGGAGAGAGAUUUUGGGGUGUUUGGACCUAA